AUGUUUUCUAGCCUAUUUCAGACCCAGCUUGGAGUCCAAAAAGUUGACUACUCCACAAAAUAUAAUCUAGAUGAUUGUCUAAACAGUGCGGAUGAUCGAGCAAACAAAGUCAAGUUCCACAAGAUUGGCAUUCCUGAGUCGAUUCAUGCCGACAAGUCAUGUUUUGUGAUCAACCAUGUCCUAUCACCAAAUGAAUGUACGGGAACCAUUGCACGAGCAGAAAACGCAGGAUUCCGACAAGCGCUGGUCAAUGUUGGCGGAGGUGAAAUGCUCAUGGAAGAUUACAGAAAUUCAGACCGCUGCAUCAUUGAUGAUCACACAUUUGCCAAAACCGUUUUUGAGAGAAUCAAAGGUAUGCUUCCCGAAACGAUUGAAGGAAUGGAUAGAUGCACAUGGAAAUUGAAGGGUUUGAACGAGAGAAUGCGAAUCCUCCGCUAUGGAGAGGGCAAUUUCUUUGCGGAACACAGGGAUGGAGCAUAUGGAAGAAACAGAAAUGAGCAGUCAUUCCUGACUAUCAUGAUCUAUCUCAAUGAUGGUAAUAAGGACUUUGUCGGCGGUGCUACGAACUUUAUUGCUUCUCCUCGAGGAGAACGAAUUCAUCGAAUUAUCAGUGAAGUUGUACCAAGAACCGGAAUGGUAUUGGUAUUUGACCAUCGAUUGAUGCACGAAGGUGCUAGACUUUUCAGCGGAAAGAAGUAUGCUAUCCGAACAGACGUCAUGUACGAACGAACUGAUGAAGAAGGUAGCACUGUACUAGACAUGUCGUAA